GGUGAAUCCCCAGGCAAGGCAUCGACUCCGUUCGGCCGCCACCACUUGGAAGAGCGAGGCCGAGAGAGGAGUCUACCUCCGGAGUUGAUCUUUCGACACCUCCUCACCUGUAGAAGCAGCCACGACGAUGACAAGGCGGGAGUUGCACAAGCAGAUUGAAAAUGUUCAUUUUCAGUUUUAGAAUGUUGUUUGAUAUCUGAAAAGAAAACUGAUUUUGUGCUACAUGCACAUGACAACAUGCCUCUUGGUCUCAAAAGUCAAGUCAAUGGUAAACGGCACAACUUUGGAGAAGCAAAUAUGUCGAUUUCAUUGCUGCCCAACCAUGAAGGCAAAGCAUUGGACAGACUAUCUGAUAGAAAGUUGAGCAACUGUUCUUACUUUAAACGAGCAAGAAUUGAUCAACCAGAAAGUUCUACAAGAAAUGUUCGUGUUGAUGAUGGUAUCACUGUCUUCCAAAAGAACGCUGAGUUAUUAAGAUCCACAUCUGCUGACAAAGCACGGAUGAUCAAGCCAAAGCGUGGUUUGGAUGGCAAGAGAAAUGAUAGGAAGAACUUCAGAUCAGGAAUAAAAACUAGAUACGAUUCUUUUACAUCAAAGUCUGGAUUUGCUAGCUCUGAUUCUAAUUGUGGAGGAAACAACCUCCUAGGAUUAUAUGGCCUGAGGUCAGAUCUCUGUGAUAUUACAAAGCAUAUGGAUGAGCCGGUCUUACAUGAGCUUCUUGAUGGUAGUUAUAAAUACUGUAAUAUCAAUGCAGAAAAAGGAAAGAAACCCCCAGUUGUCAAUGAAAAUUUAUUUACGUCAGUGAGAAAGGCUUUCUCUAUUCUGCCACAUAAUUGUGCAACAGACAGCAAUGAUAACAGAAAAUCAGCUCCAUGCCUCAUGAAACCUAGUUCCUCAUCAAGCAUGUCAGACUGUUACCACAAUGGUAAAGAUGUUGAUGAAUCAGCAUCCACAGCUAAGUAUCCUAACUUGGAUGGUGCUGAUCUAUAUCAGCCAAAAAAAGUUCUAGAGAGUUUAGUUCUUCCUCCAGUCCAGGAUCUCGGUACCCUUCUUUCAGAUUUAAGCAUGACUUCAAGCCUUUUGAAAACCACUCUACCAAAGAAAACUUGUCAAAGUGCUAGCUUGCCUCCUUUUCUAUGGUCUAGUUAUCAUAAUGGAGCUUGCAAACCCAUUACUGAUACUGCUAAACAAGUUUCAGCUAGGAACACAUCUCAAGGUAGGUGGCUUAGAAUCGCCAGCAAUUCUGUUCUUGCGAGAGACAACCAACAUUGCUUCUCAGAUCUGGAAUUGCUAACAUUUGAUAGCAAUAAAGAUCCUUUACAAAAGAGUGGUGUCCAUCAAGAUGAUCCUUUGGAUUCGUCUAUAAAGCUUCCAUACGAUGGACCAUCAAAUAUGGUGUCUCCUAUGUCAACUCUUGAAAGCAAUACUCCAGAUGACAGGGGGUUGGAAAAAGAAUCUUGCUUGUCUGUUUCUAAAAGGCUUAAUUUGAUGGGGGAGCACACAAACUCAUCAUAUGUUUACCUAGAAGGUGACAAUGAAGACAGUUUCUUACCUAGAACUUCUGGAUCUGAAGCUAGUUUGAAGUUCCAAAGAAAGGAUUCACACUCACUGGAUCAAGUGAGAUCUACAUCUCAGUUCAGCAAUACUGAUGUUGCCCAGAAAGAUCAGCAUACAAUAAACAAACAUUGCUGCUCUGCUGUUUGUUCUUGCCUUCCUUGCAAAGAUGAUGAUGGAAACAAUGACCGGAAUUUAUGGGGUCUAUCUACUUUGGAGAUAUCUAAACAUGAUUAUUCGCCGUGUGAACUGCUUGCUGCUGAGAUACUACUUGAGAUGACAAGCUACGGCAGUGCUCUGAAGACACAAAAUGUAGAUGGUGGAAAGAUACAAUGGACAAAGACUCCUUUCCAGAAGACAAUGAAACCCCAAAAGUUGAUAUCCUCGAUGGAAAAAUCAGGGAGUUUGCUCUUCAGAACCAGGCACCAUGAUACAGUCAGGACUCUAGGCCUGCCACAACGGGAACAUAAGCCUAGUGGGAAGAAAAAUGAUUUGAGCUACAUCAAGACCGCUGGUAGAGCACCCACAAAAUGUGCAACUAGGUCGGAAGGUGGUGCAUCCCCCAAGCUGGAAAAGGAUCUACAGAUUGAUGCAAGGUCAUUGAAUAAUAUUACAGUCAGAUCAACUAGUUUGGUUCCAUCACUUGCACGAGUAAAAAAUGGUUACGAAAAUCAGCAGAAGCUCGGGAAAACAACACCCCCAACAUCAACAGUUGGGGCUUGCAUUAAGGAUUGGGGUCGAGGAAGGAGCAAGCAAGUGUAACUUUGAAGUGAUGUAGUAAGAGCACAAGUGUGUUCUUCCAUAGAUCCUAACACAACAAAGGGCUAAGAUGCUUGGCAGAAGACUCUGGUGCCGCGAACCUGGUGUGAGGGGGGCG